ACCACGUAGUUCCAUCAAAGCAACCAGCUCCCAGAGCGAAGGCACCCGGCUACCGCUGGGGAUCCCUUCCAGGGGCAAAAUCCGGCGAUCUUUUCGGUGCGAAGGCCGAGAAAGCGGCCGUCCAAUCGGGCCUCGGAGGGGCGGGCUUGGAGGCCGGGCCAGGCGGAUCGUUCGGUAGAGGACGGCGCUCAGUCCGCCCGGGCCACUGGCUGCAAGAGAGAGAGAGAGCUACUCUCGGUCCCUCGAGGCUGAUGUUGCUGGGAUGGAUCCCUCUCCGCGGUUCUUCAGCUGGGACGAGAUCAAGUCUUACUCGAGCCGGGCGCCGGAGCGGUGGCUGGUGAUUGACAGGAAGGUCUACGACAUCAGCCGGUUCCACAAAAGGCAUCCGGGAGGUUCCCGCGUGAUCAGCCAUUAUGCUGGACAAGACGCCACGGAUCCUUUCACAGCAUUCCAUUUGGACAAGAAUCUAGUGAGAACAUAUUUGAAGCCUUUAUUCAUUGGGGAGCUUGCAGCAGAUCAGCCCAGUUUUGAACCCAACAAAAAUAAAGAACUUGUGGAGGACUUCCGUGAGCUCCGUGCCACUGUUGAAAAAAUGGGACUGCUGAAUUCCAAUCAUCUCUUCUUCCUCCUGUCCCUUCUUCACAUUUUGCUGCUGGAUGUAUCAGCCUGGCUCAAUAUGUGGUAUUUUGGAACAUCCUUGGUGCCAUUCCUCAUCACCGCUUUGCUACUUGGGACUGUCCAGGCCCAAGCCGGUUGGCUGCAGCAUGAUUUUGGACAUCUUUCUGUCUUUGGCCAGUCUAAAUGGAACCACUGGAUUCACAAAUUUGUGAUUGGACAUUUAAAGGGAGCUCCAGCCAGCUGGUGGAAUCACUGGCAUUUCCAGCAUCAUGCAAAGCCUAACUGCUUUCGCAAGGAUCCUGAUCUCAACAUGCAUCCUUUGUUAUUUGCCCUGGGAAAGAUACUCUCUGUAGAGCUUGGCAUAAAGAAAAAGAAGUUCAUGCCAUACAAUCACCAGCACAAAUACUUCUUUCUCCUUGGUCCACCAGCUCUGGUGCCUUUCUACCUGCAGUGGUAUGUUUUCUACUUCGUUGUUCAACGCAAAAAUUGGGUGGAUUUAGCUUGGAUGGUGACCUUCUAUCUCCGGUUCUUCAUAACAUACUCAUUUCUACUAGAUCUCAAGAGUCUGUUGGGUCUCUUUCUCCUGCUCAGAAUCAUAGAAAGUCACUGGUUUGUCUGGGUGACACAAAUGAACCACAUCCCAAUGGCCAUUGAUUAUGAUAAGAACAUGGACUGGCUUUCAAUGCAGCUUCAGGCAACAUGCAAUGUAAACCAGUCCUUAUUCAACGACUGGUUUACAGGGCACCUCAACUUCCAAAUUGAACAUCACCUUUUUCCCACCAUGCCUCGACAUAAUUACUGGAAGGUGACCCCCUUGGUGAAGUCCAUUUGUGAAAAGCAUGGCAUCCAGUAUCAAUCUAAGCCUUUAUUCACAGCCUUUGCAGAUGUUGUAUGCUCUCUCAAGGAAUCGGGGCAGCUCUGGUUGGAUGCCUACUUGCACAAGUAGGAGCCAAACACCAUCCCUUGUGGGACAGUUUUUCCCAUCCUUGUCACCUCUGCAAUUGAAGAAAGCAAGUGCCUGGUUGAGUUGGGGAAGAUUACCCUUGUGAGCUGAAUUCUGAAACCUGGUGUUGCUACUCCAAACAUUCUCAUGUUUUCCUUUUUAACUUGCGCAUCUACUAUCUCUCCUUUCUGCCUGCUGACCUGAAAGUUUGUUCAAAAAUGCAUAUUCUCCAGCCUUCAGGACAGAAAGCAAUACCAGGAAAGGUCUUCACUGCCACUUCACUAAACUUGGUGUUUAGCAAAAAAAAACAACAACAAAACACUACCUUAGUUGCCUAUUCAUUGUGGAGUACAAGAGCCUAUUUUGUGGAAGCAGUUGAAAGGAGAGAACCUGGAAAGAGAAAUUCAGGAGCUGGGAAUAGAAACUCCUGGUAGGGGAGAUUCAAACUGGGCCAUAGCUUAGCACUGGAGAAAUUUGGAGAAGGAAGAAACAAAGGAGAUUACAGGGGCUGAGAGCCUUGAUUGAAAGCAGCAUAUCAAGGAAAUAAAUCAAUGAUUUACAUGAAUAGAUAUCAAUCAGUUCCUGGAUGUGAUUCACAAGCACUAGAGAAUAGUUAGGCAAGCUUAAUUAUGGGGAGGAAAAGAGGAUUGUCUUUUGUGCCACAACUCCCUGACUUUCCUGGAUGUACUUUACAUAAAAGGAUAAAGAACAUAAUAUAAUUAAUCACAUGCCUCUUCUAUAAGUGUAUAAGACAAGUUAGUGAAAGGAGACUAAUGAAUGUUGAUGGAUUUAUUAUUAAUUAUUAGUGCAAAUAAAUGCUGUUAGUCUUUGGGCAAAUCUGUUGUUACAUUUUGGAGGUGCAAGAGGAGAAUUAAAUCUUUCGGUAUUGCUUA